GUCUAAACACAAAUUGUCUCAGGGGAGAAACAGAGGGACAAGAAACAUUUUAAUAUUUAUUCAUGGUAAUGAAUAGAUAAGAGAUAAGCGAGAUAGUUAUUUAUAAUCUCUUUCACACAUCACCAGUGUGCUUCUAGCUGCAGCCUCAUUGUUCAUGUGUCCCUCUGAGGUAACGCUGGUUGGAACGGGAUUGCGUCUGAGAGAUCGUCAAAGUGCAUGAGAGUCGUGAGUCUGUAUAAAUUCCAUGCCUGGGAUACCAUCCAUUGGAUUACGGCUCGUCAAAAUCAAUAAAUAAAUAAAUAAAUAAGGGUCGUGAGUGGCGAGUGAUAGCUGGAAAGAUGAAGGACAAGGAUGAGUUUGUGGUGCGUGUUCAUGGCUAUGGAUCGAUGGAUGCUGGGCGGCUGCCGAGUGGCAGUCGAGCGGCUGUGGUGUAUUGCAUUCACGGGCGGCCGCCGAUGCAAUGCUGCGGAGAGAAUGAUGACGCCUUCAGCAUCACUCCGUCAACAGAGAUGCUGCUGGGCACCCCAGAUGGACACUGCCACACGCCGAGAAGCGAGGGAGUGGACACAGUGGCACGCAGACGCCUGAUCAUAGCCAGUUUGCUGUGCGUGAUAUUCAUGAUCGUGGAAAUUGUGGGUGGAAUCGUGGCCAACAGUCUCGCGAUCGCCACAGAUGCAGCCCAUCUUCUCACAGAUUUCGCCAGCUUUAUGAUCUCCCUGUUCGCGAUCUGGCUAUCCGGGAGAAAGUCCACAGUGAGGCUCUCCUUUGGAUGGUAUCGAGCAGAAGUGAUUGGGGCCCUCAUUUCCGUCAUCCUCAUCUGGGUGGUGACUGCCAUCCUAGUCUUUAUGGCCGUCGAGAGGGUGAUUCAGAAGGAUUUCGAAGUGAACGCCGUGGUUAUGCUCAUCACCUCAGGCUUCGCCAUUCUCGUUAAUGUUAUCAUGGGGUGUAGUCUCCACCAGCACGGCCACUCUCACGGGGGCUCCUCUGUUUCCAAAUACGAGGAGAACAUCAACGUGAGGGCGGCUUUUAUCCACGUCAUUGGGGACGUUCUGCAGAGCGUGGGAGUGUUUUUUGCCGCCCUCUUGAUCUACUUCAAGCCAGAAUGGUACCUCGCGGAUCCAAUCUGCACCUUCAUCUUCUCCAUCAUAGUCGUCUUCACGACUGUGCGCAUCCUCAAGGACACCCUCCACGUCCUCAUGGAGGGCACUCCGAGCUAUCUCGACUACACAGAAGUCAAGAACACCUUCUUAGAAAUUGAGGGUGUCGUGAGGGUCCACAAUCUGCGCAUUUGGGCGCUGAGCAUCAACAAGAACGCCCUGGCAGCUCAUCUGGCCAUUGCCCCCGAUACAAAUCCCGACUCAAUCCUUCGCAUUGCCACCAAGACGGUUCACAGCAAGUACAAUUUUUUCGAGACCACGAUUCAGAUCGAAGAAUUCACGCCGGAAAUGGAGAAUUGCCAUCAAUGUGUUGAUCCCACAAAAUAGUGCCUCCUUUCAAAAAAUAAAGAUAAGUUUUCCUUG